UGCGCCGUUGCCAUGGUAACCGAGGAGGCUGGGGCUCGGGUGUGGUAUUUUUGGAGUUAAUGGAGUCAGAAGGACCUCCAGAGUCAGAGAGUUCAGAAUUUUUCUCACAGCAGGAAGAGGAAGAUGAAGAAGAAGAAGUCCAAGAACCAGAGGAAACAGGCCCCAGGAACCCCCUUUUACAACCUGCUCUCACAGGGGAUGUAGAGGGUUUGCAGAAGAUUUUUGAAGAUCCUGAGAAUCCUCAUCAUGAACAGGCCAUGCAGCUUCUCUUAGAAGAAGACAUCGUUGGGAGAAAUUUGUUGUAUGCAGCUUGCAUGGCUGGGCAAAGUGAUGUGAUUAGAGCUUUGGCAAAAUACGGUGUGAAUCUGAAUGAAAAAACCACCAGAGGGUAUACACUCUUACACUGUGCUGCAGCUUGGGGUCGUUUGGAAACUUUGAAAGCACUGGUAGAACUGGAUGUUGAUAUAGAAGCUUUGAACUUCCGGGAAGAAAGGGCUCGAGACGUUGCUGCUAGAUAUUCUCAGACUGAGUGUGUUGAAUUCCUGGACUGGGCAGAUGCAAGACUGACUCUGAAAAAAUAUAUUGCAAAAGUCUCUUUAGCUGUUACUGACACUGAAAAGGGAUCAGGGAAACUCCUUAAGGAAGACAAGAAUACCAUCCUCAGUGCAUGCCGUGCAAAAAAUGAGUGGUUGGAAACUCAUACAGAAGCUUCCAUUAAUGAGCUUUUAGAGCAGAGACAACAACUAGAAGAUACUGUGACUCCUAUCUUCGCAAAAAUGACUACACCACGUCAAGUGAAAAGUGCUAAAUCUAUAACAAGCCAUGACCAGAAGAGAAGUCAAGAUGAUACCUCCCACUGAACAUACGCUUUGUAAAAGGCCACAUUUUCUUCUAGUAUCUGAAAGACAAACCUAUUCAUGCCAUUUGAAAUUGAGAAAACAGAUGUGGGUUUCUUUAAGUAUUUAAGUACAACAUUACAUCACCCUUGUUUUGUUUGACCUGUUCAGCAUGCUUAUGUCUGGACCCUCUGGCCUCGCCUCUGCUCCUCCAAGCCCAGCCCCAUGUGAGUUUCACGUGCUCCUUCAGGAAAGCACUUGGGUAUAAAUCAUUAGGCUUUAAGAACUACUCAGAGAAUCUAAUGAUUUUCUGUGUAAUUAAGGCAUUCCAUAUAAAGGGACAUAUUUGGCUAUUUCCAGAGAAAAAAAUUGUUCUCCCUCUCUAAAAAGGAAAUCUUAUGGAAUGACACUUGGAGCAAGGAAAUAUUAAGACUGGCGUAGAUUAGGAGCCUCUGGGUACAGCUAUCACUUUUUAUGUCCAAAUUAAAAUUCACCUGUGAGGUGGGAUAUACCUCUGAGUAAAACUCCUCUUUAUCUUUGACCUCCUUCUAUCUGUCAAUUAAUUAACACAAAUCUGUAUAGUUUUUAGAUUUAGAAGAGUUCUCCUAUUCUAUAAGGCUGGCAAUACAGAUAUUGUAACUGGACUGAAGGUCAUUUCCCCUCCCAUUCUGUUUUAUAUUUCCUAGGUUUUAAGUACCAUAGUUGGUUUCAUAUUGGUGGUUUGGAAAGCCUUUUUUCUAGUUUAUUUAAUCAGGCGCAACCUUCUCUUACGUUGUGACUUUAUGGAAAAGUUUUGUAGAAAAGAAAAUGGUUUUUAAAAAGCA